ACCCUUCUAAAAACCAGGGGAUUCAUAGUAAAAUGCCUUUCCCUCCGCUUCUUCAGCGUCCGUUCACAACCAAUCCGAUAUAUUAUAUACACGCAAGCACGCACACACAUUAUAGAAGAACAGAAAAGGAAAUCACAAGAAUAUAGGCGUGUAUUGUUUAAGGCUACCGUUGAUAUUUGUUGACGAUUGAUUUGCACCAAAGCCACAUCAGCAGCCCAAAGCGUGGUCUUUUCUUAAUCUGUAAAUAUAUUUAUAAAUAUAUAUAUUUGUGUUGUAUAUUAAUCACCUCCUUUGUUUGUUUAUUAUCCGGUCUCUUUCUCCCUCUGCGUAGCUGUGCUGUCUCUUUUUACUCCAAUGCUCACAAGCAUCUUCUUGAAUUCUUUAAUGGUGCACAACAGAGGACACACUCUGUAACCACUGCUACUGCAAAACCCAUUUCUCAAAAUAGCAAGAAAACAUAAAGAAAAAGCACUUUCAGUCUCUCUUUCUUUCCCUGUCUUCAUUUUUGUUCGUUCUUAUCUGCGUUUUGUGUAUGGUGUCAAUCUGUACGAGCAUACUUUGAUGGGACUGUAAAUGGGUUCGCUUGAAACUGGCGUUUCGUUCAAGAGGGAUCAGCCUCUGCUCCGUUCUUCCUCGGCAACGAGCAGGAACGAGAGGCUCCCAUUCGGUCAAAGACUCAGAUCAAGAUUUGCAAGAUUGGUGCUUUUCAAGAGGAUUGAUUACCGGCAAUGGGUUUGCGCCGUCGUCGUGUUCUUCUUCUUCGCGGUUCUGUUUCAGAUGUUCCUGCCUGGUUUUGUGAUUCAGAAAUCGGAAGAAUCUUGGAAGAAAAGCGGGGUGGCUUCUGAGGAUUUGAUGCUGUGGAAGGAGAUUGGGGGAUUGGAUUUUGGGGAGGAUAUUAAGUUUGAGCCGUCAAAGCUUUUGGCAAAGUUUCAACAAGUGUCUAGAGAGGUGAAUUCCUCUUCUGGGGUCAGAUUUGGGUACAGAAAGCCCCGGCUUGCUUUGAUUUUUGGAGAUCUGCUACUUGACCCACAGCAGAUACUGAUGGUCACAGUUGCUGUUGCUUUACGGGGGAUUGGGUAUGACAUUGAGGUUUAUUCGCUUCAAGAUGGCCCUGUGCUGGAUGCUUGGAGAAGUAUUGGAGUUCGAGUCAACAUAAUCAGAACCAGUGAGAAGGAAGGCAUCACUGUAGAUUGGUUAAUCUAUAACGGCAUAAUUGUCAACUCGAUUGAAGCCAGGGAAGUCAUUUAUAAUCUCCUGCAGGAACCUUUCAAAUCUGUACCUCUUAUAUGGAGCAUCCAUGACAGAACACUUGCCACUCAUUUGAGACAAUACAUAUUGAGGGGCCAGAUUGGGCUUCUAAAUGAUUGGCAGAGACUCUUCAAUCGUGCUACUGUUGUUGUCUUCCCAAACUAUGCCCUGCCGAUGUUUUACGCAGCAUGUGAUUCUGGAAACUACUUUGUUAUUCCGGGUUCUCCUGCUGAAGCAUGGGAAGUAGACAACUUCAUGGUUUUGUACAAAGAUAAUAGAUCCACUAAGAUGGAUCAUGGAACUGAUGACUUUGUUAUCACAAUUGUGGGAAGUCAAAUUUUGUACAGAGGCUUGUGGCUGGAGCAUGCCUUAAUUUUAAAAGCUCUAAGGCCACUAUUUGCAGGAUUCCAAUCUGAUACCAAUUCAACUUCUGAUCUUAAGAUCAUUGUUUUAAGCAGUGAUUCAACUGGGAAUUAUAGUGUGGCUAUAGAGGCAAUUGCUCUUAAUUUGGGAUACCCAAGGGACAUUGUGAAGCAUGUUGCUGUUGAUGAAAAUGUAAACAGUAUUCUAAGUAUGACUGACCUUGUGAUAUAUGGAUCCUUCCUUGAAGAGCAAUCUUUUCCUGGCAUUUUGGUAAAAGCUAUGUGCUUUGGGAAGCCAAUUAUUGCUCCAGAUCUCUCCAUGAUCAGGAAAUAUGUUGAUGACAGGGUGAAUGGUUAUCUUUUUCCCAAGGAUAAUAUAGGGGUCCUUACAGAGAUUAUGUUACAAGUGGUUUCAAAUGGGAAAUUAUCACCUUUAGCUCACAAUAUUGCAUCUAUUGGAAAACGCAUUGCCAACAACCUAAUGGUUUCAGAAACUGUUGAAGGGUAUGCUUCUCUGGUGGGAAAUGUUCUCAAGCUCCAAUCAGAAAUUGCACCUUCCAAGGCUGUGACAGAUAUACCUAGCCAAUUGAAAGAAGAAUGGCAAUGGCAACUGUUUGAGUCAAUGUCAGAUUCAACAAAUGCAAACAGAGCCUUAAGAGGCCACAAAUUUCUAGAGGAUAUUGAAAAGCACUGGAAUCGAACCCAGAGUUCUGGUUCUGUGACUGCUGCAGAUGAAACAUUCUUAUACAGUAUCUGGAAGGAGCAAAAGUACAUUGAUAUCGCAUAUUCAAAGAAGAGAAGAGAAGAAGAAGAGUUGAAGGAUAGAACUGACCAGCCACGGGGUACAUGGGAUGAUGUAUACCGAAUUGCCAAAAGGGCUGAUCGGUUAAAGAAUGAUUUGCAUGAAAGGGAUGAUGGAGAGCUUGAAAGAACUGGCCAGCCGUUAUGCAUCUAUGAACCAUACUUUGGGGAAGGGACCUGGCCUUUUUUGCACCAUACUUCACUGUACCGUGGAAUUGGUCUGUCCAACAAAGGCCGAAGGUCUGGAGCAGAUGAUAUUGAUGGACCUGCCCGCCUUCCACUUCUCAACAACCCUUACUACCGUGAUGUCCUUGGUGAAUAUGGAGCCCUUUUUGUAAUUGCUAACCAUGUUGAUCGCAUACAUAAAAAUUCUUGGAUAGGGUUCCAAUCAUGGAGAGCAACAGCAAGGAAGGAAUCUUUGUCUAAGACUGCUGAAUCAGCAUUAUUAGAUGCCAUCCAAGCACGAAGGCAUGGUGACGCGCUCUACUUUUGGGUUCGUAUGGACAUGGAUCCAAGAAACCCAUUGCGACAGGAUUUUUGGUCAUUUUGCGAUGCUAUAAAUGCUGGAAACUGCAAAUAUGCCUUCUCUGAGGCUCUAAAACAGAUGUACAGGAUAAAACGUAAUGAGACUAUGUUUCCUCCCAUGCCUGUAGAUGGGGGCACAUGGUCUGUUAUGCACAGCUGGGUUUUGCCAACCAAGUCCUUCUUGGAAUUUGUAAUGUUUUCCAGAAUGUUUGUAGAUGCACUGGAUGCGCAAUUUUAUGACGAACACCAUCAAAGUGGUGAUUGUUAUCUGAGUUUAUCCAAGGACAAGCAUUGCUAUACACGGUUGCUGGAGCUACUUGUGAAUGUGUGGGCAUAUCAUAGCCCGAGGAGGAUGGUGUAUGUGAAUCCGGAGACCGGAGCAAUGCAAGAACAACACAAGUUGAAGAAUCGGAGGGGUCACAUGUGGGUCAAAUGGUUCGCAUACAGUGUCCUCAAGAGCAUGGACGAGGACCUCGCCGAGGAGUUCGACUCUGAUCGCCCCAAGAGGCGAUGGCUGUGGCCGUCCACGGGGGAAGUCUUCUGGCAGGGAGUGUACGAGAAGGAAAGAAACCUAAGAAAUCAAGAGAAAGAGAAGAGAAAGCAACAGAGCAGGGAUAAAAUGUCGAGGAUGAGAAGACGGCGUCGCCAGAAAACUAUAGGCAAGUAUGUGAAGCCUCCACCGGAGGAGGAGGAGGAAGAAGGUACAAACUCUACGCUGGCCAUGGCCAGGCUUUUGAGAUAG